UAAUAUUGUACCAAUGGCCACAUAUUUAGUUAAAACAUCAAACGCCAAUUUUGGUGGCCAAGUUUUCAAGCUGAUGUUUUAGCAACAUAUUCAACUAAAGCUCGAACACAUACUCUAGUACGUGUUCAGUUGCUUAUAAUAUUCCCUUCAUAAAUGGGUUGUUUCCACUCCAAAGUUAGGGAGAUUCCCAUGGAAGAUCCGUUUGCUCUUGCGUCAGAGACAGCUUUUAGUGUUAGUGAUGUUGAAGCACUAUAUGAGCUGUUUAAGAACAUUAGCAGGUCAGUCACCGAUGAUGGUCUAAUAAGCAAGGAGGAAUUUCAACUGGCAAUUUUUAAUAAUAAGAAGAAGGAAAACCUCUUUACGAGUCGGAUCUUUGAUUUGUUUGAUGUCAAAAAGAAAGGAGUGAUUGACUUUGGUGAUUUCGUUAGAGCACUCAAUGUUUUUCACCCAUCUGCACCAAUGGAAGUCAAAAUAGACUUUUCGUUUAAGCUGUACGAUUUAGAUAACACAGGAUUCAUAGAGCGUCAUGAGGUCAAGCAAAUGAUAAAUGCACUUCUAUGUGAAGCGGAAAUUAAGUUGUCAGAGGAAACGAUAGAAACAAUUAUUAACAAGACUUUCAUGGAUGCUGACCCUAAUCAAGAUGGGAAAAUAGACAAAUAUGAGUGGAAAAACUUCGUUUAUGAAAACCCUUCAUUGUUGAAAGUUAUGACGUUACCCUACUUGAGGGACGUGACAACUGCUUUUCCAAGUUUUGUGUUUCAUUCAAAGGUGGAGGAUGAAAUUGCAGAAUGAGGGCUUAUUGUGGUUCAAUAAUUACUUAGUAGUGCGUUGACUUUAACUUACUUAUUUUGGUUGUUGUUUUCUUUUU